UAAAAGGGGAGCGGCGAAGAGGCAGGAAGACAGGACCAUGUCGAAGGGCCCCGGGCCCGGCGGCUCCGCAGCUUCCUCGGCGCCCCCGGCCGCUACCGCUCAGGUGCUGCAGGCACAGCCCGAGAAACCGCAGCACUACACCUAUGUUAGAUACUAAAGAAGGCUUCCCCACAAUCCAUUUGCAUCUGCUUUGACUGGUGGUUUCUAUCAACCUACAAAGACUGACUUAUUGGUGAGGGCAGCUGGACAACUCUGAGAGCAACUUAGAGAAAUCCAUCUUGGGCACACUCUAUAAAGGAGCUCCUUCUCUGGAAAUAGCACCCCAGAUAAGUGCACAAAAGCAAGACACCCUCGUGGACCUACUUCCUCCCGCUUUCAACACCCUGAUGCCUGAAGCUAUGCUUGAUACUAAAGGAGGUUUUCCCACAUUUGCAUCUUCUGUGUUUUGAAAUUGCAACUAUGGACAGUUAUGGCUAAUCCUAGUAGAUUGUCUUCCCUUCUUUUAACAUCUUGGAUGAAUUGGGGGCACACUAAUGUGUUAAGUGAAGAUGGAUGUUGAAUAUACUGUGUAGACUCGCACCAGCCAGCCAUCUUAAAAUACUGCAUGGGCCACAGAGAUAUCUGCGGAGAAAGUAUGGGUAAAAUCAGUGCAUAUGAUAAUAGUUUGUAGAAUUUGACAGCAGUAUCAAGAGCUGAUGAGGAAGAGAAGAUGGAAAGGAGUCUAGCGACUUAAAAAUCUCAUAGCGUUCUCUGUGAGGUGACCUUUUUCCUGUUGGGGGCUCAACUUAUUUAGGAGAUAAAGAAGAUACUCAGGCCUGUGAUAGUAUCAUCAUGUCAUAUCUGAGCUUAUUGAAAUGUUGCAUCCCUUUCCUUAUUCUUUAUAUCACAGUUUACUUUUUGUGUUCCUAAGUCGACUCAUUUGUUUCCUACUAGUAUUUGAAACAUCAUGUGGCCACCAUAAGUCCUAACAAAUUAACUUCUGAUGAGGAGGGGAAAGGCCCACGUGCCCACCUUCCUGUGAAAUUUGGGCAUUGUCACGAAACUACCCCCAUUGAGGAGACGUAGUUAUGCUUAGGAAAGAAGAGGUUGAGAAAAACUUUUGGCCUGGUGUUUUAUGACUUAAAAGUUUCAAAUAGUAGUUUUUAUAUGUAAGUUUCUAUUAAUACCGGUAAGAACAUUACUAUGUCUUUUUGAUGAAACUUUCACUGCUUAGACGUGCCAAGUAUUUGGUAGCCCAUCCCAUUAGGAUUUGUGUAAAUCAGUCUUUCCAAAUAUAACAUAAAUUAGAAGCCCGUGCUUGUAUUUUCUAUUUAAAAGAAAAAACCCAAAACUUAAAUUUUAUAAUUGAACUAAGAGUACUUUAUAAUGAAUACAUAAAAUGAAUAUUAAAUUUCUAGUAGAGCAUGUUAAAGGUAACAUUUUCGUUUUUUAUUUUUAGUAACUUAUUUUGUGGUUAUUGUGAUUAUGGCCUGUUAAAAAAACUCCCUGACAUAUUUUGAACAGCUUCUAGAGAGUCAUUUAUGUUUAUCUGCAAUUACUCUUGUUUUUCUUUUUAGCUCAAUUAAGAAAAACAUAGUUAGCAGUCAGCGCAAUGUGUAUGAGUACUGGCUCUAGGGCCAGACGGAUUGGGUUUGGAGCCCAGCUCUGCCACUUACUAGCUGUGGGACCUUAGGCAAGUGACUUUCCUCUUUCUAUGUCAGUUUCCUGAGGAUACCAAUGGUACCUAUUCCGUGGAGUUGUUACGAGGUCUAAGUGAGUUAAUAUAUGUAAAGUGCUUAAAAUAGCACAUGGCAUUUAGCACAGUGUAAGUAUCAUCUUACCAAUAUUUGAACAAUGCCCAAGUUACUGCUUUCAGUUUCAUUGCUACCUCCUUCAACAGCCUUAACCAAAUGCUUCUUUAGCUACAUCUACCCUAAAGUGGAAUCGGCAGUUCCUAGGGCACAUGUGGGUCAGUGUUGUCUGCAGAGAGCAUAUUCCUCUCCUCCAUACCCAAAUUUUACUUCAGUUGCCAUUCUUCCAGUAGCCUCUAUCAGGCUACCUGUAUCUUACAUGAUGGAUUUGUGUUCUAAACAACAGAUCUGCUCUUACAGGGCCAAAGACUUUGUUUUACAGAAAACAGUGUACAAAAUAACACAUCAGUUCAAACGUAUAUAUUCGAACAUUCAUCAAAUUGGGGUUUUUUUCAAGCCAGGAAAACUGAAUCGAGUCAAGGUGUUACUUAGGGAGGAAUGAACCAGGGUUUUCAGUACUCCUCACAUACAUUCUCCACAAUCAGUGAUGUGAGUGAACCUUCCCUGAAUUUUCUCUCCUCAGUUUUACCAGUUCCAAAAACUUUGGGUCAAGGGCGCAGUCCUAGAAAGAAGGAAGCAGGGACAUGUAGGAUUAGCUGCCAACAUCAUAUCGUUCAUGGCUCUUGUUAGUUCUCUGGCUCAGGAGGGCUCACAGGUGUCAGACCUUUUCCAAUGAAGAGUGGGCUGCAGUCAUUUACCCAUGAGUGGCUCCCCCACCUGAAAGCGUUUGCUUUCAUAAGUGCCUGUAGCACUUACACUGUGGGUUCCUGUGUAUGUUUCUGUGGGUUAGGAUAGUUGUAUUAUAUCCAGGAGGUUCACACUGGCUCUAAGGUCCUACUAUAUGUACUCUGGCUAAAAGUCAGUUAUAGAAUCAAAGCCUACCUUAAAUGUUCAGACACACUCAGAGAUUCAUUAGACACUUACUUUAUCUGCCUGAAUAACACUAUCUGAGCUUGCUUUUCUGCCAGAGAGAAUGUUUUAAACCAGGAUCACUUGAGAUUUGGAAACCAAAUCUCUAUAGCCGUAUAGUGCUUUUUUGGAAUUGUCCAAAUAUUUGCCAAUCAAAUUUUAGCUUUAUUUAGUCUUGUUUUUUAAAAGCCAUUUGCUAUGAAUAAAAUUUAUGAAAGAGAGGGGGCGCUUGAGUGGCUCAGUUGGUUGAGCUUCUGACUCUUGAUUUCGACUAAGGUCAUGAUCUCAGGGUCGUGAGAUCAAGCCCUUGCAUCAGGCUCUAUGCUCAGCAUGGAGUCGGCUUGAGAUUCUCUCUCUCCCUCUCCCUCUUUUUCUUUCUUUCUCAAAUAAAUGAAAUCUUAAAAAGCCAUUUUCUGGCAACUCCCACUGAUGUGGUUAUUGUUACAUAGUUGUAUGGUUUCUGGGCUUUGUUUGUGUCAAAACAGAAUGUAUAUGUAUAUCUUUAUAAACAGUCUAGAACUAAUAAUAAUUUGUCUUAAGCUCUUCAAAGAUUGGGAAAGAUUUGCAGCAAAUUGUAAGAAAUACAUUUAUAUAUAUGAUUGUGUAUGUGUAUGUAUUUGGAUAAGUUAGGAUUCUUAAUCUACUGUUUAUCAGCUCUUAUAAUAUCUUCCUUGGACUUAAAAAAUCUUUUAUUCUCAAACUUAAAAAUGAAGAGUUUUGAUAAGCCAUGAUCUAUGAUUUCUGUGACUAAAUGUUUUUGGGGAGUUAUGUAUGGGUAGGUUAAUAUGAAUAUGGAAAGCAGAUUACAGAUAAGUAUCAUUUUGAGUCUUUGCAUACUACAGUGUGAUAUUUGACAGUGACUCCAGAGGUUUUUUUUUUUUCCCCCUCUUUGUUAGUUGCAGAAUCCUAUCAAUGUCUGGUGAGAUUUCAAUAAAGAAUAUUGAACAACAGGGGUACCUGGCUGGCUUAGUUGGUAGAGCAUGUGACUCUUGAUCUCGGGAUCCUGAGUUCAAGCCCCACAUUGGGUAUAGAGCUUACUUAAAAAAAAUACUGAAGAACAAGACCAUUUUUUUGCAUUUUAAGAUUCUGUUUCCAUGGUAAAACUUGUACAUUGCUUGAAAAAGAUGAAAUUUAGUUUUUAUGAGACUAGCUGUAAUAAAGAUGAGUAUUUGUGGCUUAUUAGAGAUGCGGGCACAUCACAUUUCCCAUGUGAGCCUUGUGAAAAGUGCUAUGACUGGCCAGGAGAGCAGCAGGCUCCCCAGGAGCAGGUGCUUCCUCAUGGCCCUUCAGUGUCAUGACCUCCAGGUUGGGGGGAAAGGGGGUAUCUGGGGUUUCUUCAGUUGGCUCAGUCUGUUGCCUGUUGUCCGCUUUUUGCUGGGCUCACAUUUUGCUGUUCAUUGUGUGUACUGGGAUUCGUCGCGUCUUCAACAAGUCUGGUGUUGCAGCACCAUCUCCUGUUGCUUCUCCAGAGGCCGUCACUGUGUUGCUUAUUUGCCUUUUUACUCAAAUCUAAUCACUCUGCAUAUGUGUCCAAAUCAGGUUCUACAAAUCACAAACCAGAUGACAUUCUAAUAGUUACUUACUUUACGAAAAUAUUUACCACAGUUCACUUUUUUUAAGUUUUUUUUUUUUUUUUUAAUUUUAUUUAUUUGACAGAGAGACACAGCGAGAGAGGGAACACAAGCAGAGGGAGUGGGAGAGGGAGAAACAGGCUUCCCGCGGAGCAGGGAGCCCAAUGCGGGGCUCGAUCCCAGGACCCUGAGAUCAUGACCUGAGCCGAAGGCAGACGCCCAACGACUGAGCCACCCAGGCGCCCCCCAGUUCACUUUUAACUUAAAGGAGCUCUUUUGGCAACAUCUUUCUUUUUUUUUUUUAAAGAUUUUAUUUAUUUAUUCAUGAGAGACAGAGAGAGAGAAAAGCAGAGGGAGAAGCAGGUUCCCAAGGAGCAGGGAGCCCGAUGCGGGACUCGAUCCCAGGACCCCGGGAUCAUGACCUGAGCCGAAGGCAGACGCUUAACCGUCUGAGCCACCGAGGAGCCCGCAACAUCUUUCAUUUAAUUUUGGAUCAGGAUAGAUUCCCUGUCAAGCUGUCAUUAAUAUUGUGGAUUUCUUUCCCAACAAAAAGGUUUUUUUAAUUCUAAAAGUUAUUAAUCACAAUUCAGUAAAGAAAAGUCAAGAUAACUUCUAAAAUCAAUAAUAGUGAAUGUAUUUUCCUUUCUAGGCCCCCCCCCCCCAAUUAUAGUCUGGGGACAUAAUUCCGUAAUUUUUCUUGAUAAAUCUUUGGAUUGUACCCAGUUUUUGCCAAAUAGUCAUCAUAAUACCCCUUAGUUUUUGGAGGAAACAGAAAAAGGAAUUUAAUACAUUUCUAGUGAUCUCCACACAUUCCCAGGAAUUAACAGAACAAGUCUGGUUGCUUUUCUAGUCUGCAUGUGAGUCUGAUCUCAAAAUUAGUGUUCGGGGUGAGGAACAAAGCUGGGCAGACAUUGUGGGGAAGGUAGCUAGAGAAGUUACUGGUUUAUUAAUUGCCAGGAGAAGCACCUAAAUCAGAGAUUGGAAUUGCUUCUGUUUUGCUGGGUUAGUAUAUAGUUGCUAUGGACCAGGCUUGUACCACUUGUGAAGCUCUGUGCCUUUGCUUUUUCUUGUACAAACCUAUCUUGAAUACCUGCUGUGAGCCAGCUCUUGCAGAGGUAGAGAAAUGAUAGACAUGGCUACAUACAAAGGAGUUGAAAUCGACUGUGGUAGGGGCUCUCUGGGCUGUAUUCAUACCUUGGUAGUGGAAACGUGGAAGGAGGGUGAUUAACUCCAGUGGGCUGUGCCAGGGAACCCUCAUGUGGAGAAGAAGCCAAAAGGGUGAUCCAGACACCGGGAGCAAUAUCAUCGAAAGUGUAGAGAUGUGAAGGGAGGGUUGUGGUGUGUUGGGGAAUACCAACUCUUCAGAGCAGAGGUCGGCAAACUACAGCUUGUAAUGCCAGAUGCAGCCUGCCACCUGCCUUCGUAUGGCCUGUGAGCUAAGAAUGGCUUUUACAUUUUUAACGGUUGAAAAAGAAUCGAUAAUAUUUCAUGACACAUGAAAAUUGUAUGAAAUUCACAUUUCAGAAUCCGUAAAUAAAGCUUUGAUGGAACCCUCCCCCAUUGGUUUACAUAUCGUCUAGCUGUUUUUGCACUAUAACUGCAAGAUUCCAUAUCGUGACAGAGACGGUACACGGCACUCCCCUCGCUUGGUAUUGCUGUUCAGCAUACACAUGGCGAGGACACCAUUACAACUUGACAGUGUUUCCAGUCCAUGUGUAUCAGCACACCACAAUGUUUUAUUUAUUCCUUAUUACCAGUGCUCGCCAAUCAUGUCAGGACAGGUGAGGAAGAGAAAAAUGGACUUGGAAUAUCAUGUUUUAGGGCAUGAUGGAGUGUGAAUUCUUUUGUUAUCAAAUUAGGUAGCAAAGCUAUCUUUAAUUUUUUUUUUUUUUUAAGAUUUUAUUUGAGAGAGAGAAUGAGAGACAGAGAGCACGAGAGGGAAGAGGGUCAGAGGGAGAAGCAGACUCCCCGCCGAGCAGGGAGCCCGAUGCGGGACUCGAUCCCGGGACUCCAGGAUCAUGACCUGAGCCGAAGGCAGUCGCUUAACCAACUGAGCCACCCAGGCGCCCCCAAAGCUAUCUUUAGUAAGAGCUGUGCUGUGAGAAGACCCAUCAACAUUACCAGACUAAAGAGUUGUCACGAUAGGCCCAACACACAGGAAGGAAAUGGUUGGAAAAAUUAGAAAUCUUUUUUUUUUUAAAGAUUUAUUUGUUUAUUUGACAGAGACACAGUGAGAGAGGCAACACAAGCAGGGGAGUGGGAGAGGGAGAAGCAGGCUUCCUGCGGAGCAGGGAGCCCGGUGUGGGGCUCAAACCCAGGACCCUGGGAUCGUGACCUGAGCUGAAGGCAGACGCUUAACUGACUGAGCUACCCAGGCGCCCUGGAAAAAUUAGAAAUCUUAAAGGGACUGUUUUAUCACAGCAGAAUUUCUUCACAAUAAGGAAAAUGAGGCUAUGACUGGAGUAAGUUUCUCCAGUGGCUCAUUGAUUAGCUGAGCAAGGAAAGCCAUUUACUGAUACUGACGAUAGUGAAUGAAUUAUAUUGUGUGUGAUUGCAGCAGCUGAAGAAAUGUGUCCUGAGCAGACUUGUUUAAAAGUGUUAGCUUUUCGUCAAGAACAGCUUCUCAAAAUGUGGAAGUCCCUGGGAGGAAUAGCAGUAGUCAAAAUACCAGGCAAAUUAUUUCAUGUAGGUUUCCCUUGGGCUCUUGAUGAGUCAACAGAUGCCACUGUUACUGUUUAGUUGGUUUCUUCAUGGAGUCAGUGCCUCAUUUGAAGUGACUGAAGAAUUGGCAUCAAUGAAUAGUCUACUUAAAAUAAUGACAGCUGAGAAUAUUUUCAAAAAAGUUAGGGAAAAACUCAGUACAACCUGACGUAUGAUCUGCUAAUACCUGUUAGCUGAUGAUGGUAAGAAUGUGUAGAGCAGAAAAAGAUUUAACUGGACAAAUUUACAAAGCUUAUGAAAAUGUAAGGUGUUUAAAGUCUGUGGUUAUUCAUUGUAUUAUUCAUUAGCAGGUACUUUGCAGAAAAAUUUUUGAAUCCAUCGUGUCAUUGAACUGUUAGAAUCAGCAAUGAACUUUACUCCCUCAUGUGGACUUCACCAUGAGAAUCAAUUCCAUUAAUUUUUGUUAGAGAAGCUGAAUAUUCUGGCAUGCCCUACUACACAAUAGUUUGAUGGCUUAGCAGUGGUAAAGUUUUCUUAUAAUUUUCUGAGUUCAGGGCUGAUGUUGAAAUUUUUCUGAAUGAGAAGAAUCAUUCUCAACCACUAUUCUUGAAUGCUGAAUAGCUUUGGAAAUUGGCUUUUCCUGCAGACUUGAUAAGGUUUCUUAAAGACUUCAGCCUAAAAUUACAAGACAGCUUCUUUGCAAACCUUAAAUUGUAGUAAAGUUAUUUUGACAACGAAUGUUUGAAUCAUAAGUCGUGUCAAACUUUUUUUUAAAGAUUUUAUUUAUUUGAUAGAGCGGGAGAGCACAAGCAGGGGGAACAGUAGAGGGAGCGGGAGAAGCAGGCUCCCUGCUUGGCAGGGAGCCUGAUGCGGGGCUCGAUCCCAGGACCCUGGGAUCAUGACCUGAGCCGAAGGCAGGCGCUUAACCAUCUGAGCCACCCAGGCGCCCCAUGUGUCAAACUACUUUAUACACUUCCUGUGUCCUGUCAAAAGUUAAAACGGGGAGACGAACCAUGAGAGACUAUGGACCCUGAGAAACAAACUGAGGGUUCUAGAGGGGAGGGGGGUGGGUUAGCCUGGUGAUGGAUAUUAAAGAGGGCACGUGUUGAAUGGUGCACUGGAUGUUACACACAAACAAUGAAUCAUGGAACACUGAAUCAAAAACAAAUGAUGUAUGGUGAUCAACAUAAUAAAAUAAAAUUUUUAAAAAAAGUUAAAGGCAAGACUCCAUUCCUACACAAAGUUACUGUGGAUAUGAUUUCUAAACACAAACUACAGUUCUAGCAGUGAUUUUGCUGCUUGAUGUGAAUGCAAAAGAAAUUUCCUUAUUUCAAAAUCCAUUUACCUGUGCAACUAAGGAGUUUACACCAAACUGUCAAUUAGAAGCGAUUAAAAGGCAACUAUCAAGACUAAUAGAAUUCUGUAGGUGUCUUCUAAGAGAAGAAUGUGCUCAAUUAAAAUGCUUGUGGAAUGAUAACAGCAUUUGGCAGUACCUAUCAUUUUCAAAGAUGUGAAAGACAUUUUCAAAGAUGAAAUCUGUAAAAUCUGAUUAUAGAAUCUGCAUUAACAGAUGAACAUUUGUAAUCAAUUUGAUGAAAGGGACCUUAACUUUACAAAUGUUAUCCCAUCCCCCCAAAUCUGAUCUUAUUAGUAGAACCUCUACAAAAAUUGUAGCCAAUUACUAGAUUUAAAAUCUUUUUUUUUUUUUUUAAAGAUUUUAUUUAUUUAUUUGAGAGAGAAUGAGAGAGAGUACAUGAGAGGGGGGAGGGUCAGAGGGAGAAGCAGGCUCCCUGCUGAGCAGGGAGCCCGAUGCGGGACUCGAUCCAGGGACUCCAGGAUCAUGACCUGAGCCGAAGGCAGUCGCUUAACCAACUGAGCCACGCACGCGCCCACUAGAUUUUGAAUUUCAUCAAUUAAAAAAAUGUGGAAGUUUGUUUUGUUCUGUAAGAACAUAUUAUUCUCAGUUUGGCCUCUUGGCCCUCAAAGUCUAAAAUACUAACUGGUCCUUUACAGGAAAAGUUUGCUAACCCUGCUCUAGAGUCUGGUUUGUUGUCGGGGAAGUGGCAGCAGGGCAGGUAGAGUCAGAGUGAGGUCAUGUGACCCUAUUCUAGAAGCCGUGGGAGACUAGAUACAGAUUAGAAUACCAGCUCCUUUCUCCCCAUUGCCUAGUUUUUCUGUUCGCUCUGAUACUUUUCUGUUCAUUCAGUUUGUUUAAAUUCUCUUCACACUUCUCCCUGGACGAGAGUGAAGAGAGUGAAACACCCAAAUUGAUAAACCUAUUAAGUGAGACAACUUGGAAUAGGAUUUAAAGUUUACCUGGAAAUUGAACUGGUAGCAGUUUAGAACUUGAUUUAACACCUCCUUCAGGGUGAUGUAACUUACUGAAUUUAUUGUUAAUCCCUUAAAUGCUAUCACUGGUAGUGGGGCAAGUGAUUGAAUUUAGAUUUCCAAUAGCCUGUUUUUUACUGUUACUUAGAGUUUUGGAAAAUAAAAAUAAUCCAAUAAAUGUUGAAAGUAUCAUUUGAUUUUUUUUUUAAAUGUGGUUGCAUAUACUUGAUUUUAAAAGUUUUUAGGUAAAAGUAUUAAUAGUUGUGUAAAGCGGUUUAGCAAUAUGAUAGGUACAUUAUGACUAUAUCUGUGUAAAAAUACCAAGAGAAAAUUUACCAAAACGCUAACAUUAGUGAUGGGAUUAAGGGCGAUUUUCUCCAUUUUCCAAAAUUUUUGUAAGUGGGCGUGUGGCUUUCAUAAUCUUUUACAUUUACAAAUAAACCAUUGCUAGGAUAAUUAAUGUGAUGUCCUGAAAAGGAGCAAAAGGUAGCUUUGAUUUAAGCUCAGCCGUGGGGCAGACAGGAAGGCACUGCUUAGUAAAGAUGAAGCUCUGAGCAAUCGAGUAUCCAUCCCUUCUUCCUGUUGAAGGCGUGGCUUUCUGUGACAGAGCUCUUACUUGCCCAGGGCCUGUGUGGUUUCUGGACUGAUUUUGGCCAUAGUAGCUCACCAAGGCCUUGCAGUUUGAAACUAUUCUAUGUUACUGGCUUUUAUUCUUGAGUGCAGGUAUUCCUGGGAGAUGGGAGUAUGAAGCACUUAGUUGUGUGGCCCUUGUGCCUUCCCCAGAGUUUGGGGCGGGGGGCAGUGAGUAGUUGGUGUGUUUUCCCUCCUGUUGAAUUAAAGAGUGAAUCUCAACCUAUUUAGUUUCUUAGAUCUUGAACUUUCAAAGCCUUAAAAUGAAAGAGAUGGAUUGGAGCUUAACAGUGACAGUUGUGCAUGUCCACUGAAAAUUUGUUGAAUUUCAAUCCAUGAAAAUAGAAAGUGAUUUCUAAGUGGUUUUGUCCUUGCCUUCUGGGUACUGUAUUGCCUGUUAGCAGAGGGUCAAGUGGGAGAGGGAGAAUGGGAAAUUCUGAACAAACAUUCUGGUUCCUAGGUAGCAGAUGGUACAGUUCCAUUCAUGAUUUUAGCAAAAAGUUAGAAAUUUAUCUCCUCUGAUUGCAGUUGGUUAAAAGUGGGCUCUCUGCCUGUGUAAAUUUGGUCACUCAGCCCCUUCUCUCAUGAGGGGCUUUUCUGCAGGACACUCUGCCCUAUCUGCUGAGUUACAGGUUUCCUGCUGUGUGGUACUUUCCACAAGGGAAUAGGGAUUAGGCUUUCACCUCUCAGUGCUCUGCCUGCUGGCGGCAUCAUAAAGCUGUCGGUAUUGCUUUGUGGGCUCUGCCCUACUGUGACUUCAUUUCUUGUAUUCAUUCAGCAAACUAUUCAGUUCUUACUUGCUGUCAAGGAUUUUAUAAUCUAGUAGUAGAGAAAAAUGUACAGAUUAUUAAUAUGCAUUGCAGGAUAAAGGCUAUAAAAAUGUCUAGAGAACAUGCUGGCAAAACUUAGAGAUUAACUUUUAACUAGGGACAAGGGCAGAAAGGGGAGGAUAGGUGGAAGUCAAGGAAGGUAACAUGGAGGUGGUGGCAUCAGAUUUAUUACCAUUGAAUUCAGCCUUGAAAGAUUUCUACAGGUAAGGAAGCGGACAAAAAGAAGAGUUAAAGAUCUAUUUGCAAGUCACCAAGGACUCCAGUUUUAGCAGCUGGAAUGGAGAGGAAUCAAGGGAAUUAAGGCUGGAAAAAAAGUAUUGGGCCAGAUGUUUAGGCCUGGAAUGCCAGGCUAAAUGGUUGGUGCUUAUCUGGAGCUACUGGGGGAAGCUAAAGACUUCUAAGAAAGUGAGAAUUAAAUUUGGGCUCUAGGAAGAAUAAACAAGUGCUGUGUAGUAUAAAUUGGACAAGGGAGAGACUGGAAGCAAAGUACCAAGUCCCUGACCUACGACUUAAAGUGAGAUAAUUUGUUGCCUGGUGUCUGUCUUUCUCUGUGGCAUCCCUGCCAGCCAGAGCCCUUGUGGAGCCCCGGUAUUUGCGUGUGGCACCGUGGACAUGGCUGCCCCAAGCAAGCAGGCUUGCUGAGACGCUCCUCCAAGAGGACAGACUAUGCCCGAAGUCAGGGUGACUUCCCCUGGCGGCCUCCUGGUUUUUUUACUGAGGCACUGAUACCAAGCAGACAGGCACCACUCAGAGUUGGCAGAUUUAACAAAUAAAAAUAUAGGAUACCAGUUAGAUUGGAAUUUCAAAUAAUGGAUACAUUUUUAUCAGUAUGCCCCGUGAAAUACUUGGUUUAUCUGAAAUUCUGAUUUAACUGGGUGUCCCAUGUUUAAUCUGACAAUCCUAACCACUCUUCACUCUUCUGCUCCUGGCCCUGGAUUCUGCUUCCUCCUCUCCCAUUUUCCACCUCUUACCUCCUGAGCUAGUCUCCUGGUGGGUCCAGAGUCAGAUGGAGUAUGUACUGCCCAGGAGGGAUCUGCCUAGUAGUUUGGAGGAUGGGUGUCCCAUCUCAGUGCCAGGGUUUGGGACAUGUGUGCAGCACGAGGUACAGCUUUCUGUCCAACCAGACAGAAAGAAAGACCUUGUGUUCCAGUGCCAAAAGGGACAGGAGAACAUCAGGCCCUAGGGAGACUUCUGGGUUUCUGCCUGGUAUCUCCAAAUGUACCUGGGACCCAGAGAUGAUGUCCCUGCAGUUUGGCUCCUCCUGCACCUCACCUUAUCCUCCUUUCCCCUUUCCAGUUCCUCUCUACCCCACUCACAUCCCACAAAGGUACUUGGAACUCUUGGACCUAGACAUACUCUCUAAGUUCAUACUUAGCCCUUUGCCUAAAACAUCCUUCCCCAUUCUUUUUUUUUUUUUUUUUUUUUUAAGAUUUUAUUUAUUUGACAGAGAGAGACACAGUGAGAGAGGGAACACAAGCGGGGGGAGCGGGAGAGGGAGAAGCAGGCUUCCCGCGGAGCAGGGAGCCCAAUGCGGGGCUCGAUCCCAGGACCCUGGGAUCAUGACCUGGGCCGAAGGCAGACGCUUAACGACUGAGCCAGCCAGGCGCCCCCAUCCUUCCCCAUUCUUCCACCCACCAGCACCUCCCCAUUUCCCUUCCUCUCCCAGCCUGGGCCCCAUACUCUGGGUUCCCAAGGAACCCUCAGCAAACCUCCUUUACAACCUUUUCCACACUUGAUUGAUUCUGCCUGUUACUUUUAUGUCUCUCCCAUGAAGGUAUGGGCUUCCAAGGCAAGGACCUGCUUCUUCAUUAGGGUCCUCAGUGCCUGCCACUGUGCCCGCACCUGGUAGAUGAUCAAUAAAUAUGUGCUGAAUGAACAGCAGACUGUUUGGAAGUUUUACUGCCCUUUAAACCUUUAUUUGUAUUCUUCAGGGAGCACCCAGCUCCAGCUUCCCCUGGCCCAUACAUACCCCUGGACACUUCUCCAUACUUUAAGGCGGAGAGGAUUUUUUUUUUUUUAGCACUUUUCAUUAGCAGUAAAGAAAACCUGUCUGGAAAGUCUCAGCCCUCAACCUACCUGUCCCUACACCUUCUAUAUGCCCAGACUAAUAAGGCCUCAAGUAUCCUGGCAUGAGCCACAUCCUCUCACCUUUGUCCCAUGCCUUCUAGCCUCAGGUGCUCCUCCAAGCCUGGACAGUUCCUUCAGGUCAGGUGGUUGUUCCCUCUGUGCCCCCUUCUGCACACGCUCUUCUGUGCCUUCUGGAAUCAUCCUCGUUGCUGGCAUCAAAUGCCCUCUGUCGAGCCAUUUGUUGCCCGCACUGUUAGGGCUUAAGGGAAUGAAUAAAGAGAACUGUGCUGCCUGCCUGUCCCUGCUGUGUAGGGGCUCCCAAGUCUAAGACACCCUUCACCUGGACACAUAGAGUGAGCAAAAACACAGAUGGAUGGCAUGUUCUGUAAGGGGGUACCUGAAGGAAUUCCGCACGGAGCAGUGCCCACUCUUUGUGCAACACAAAUGCACUCAGCACCGGCCCUACACCUGCUUCCACUGGCACUUCGUGAACCAGAGACGUCGCCGGUCCAUCCGCCGUCGGGACGGCACCUUCAACUACAGCCCCGACGUCUACUGCACCAAGUACGACGAGGCCACAGGCCUCUGCCCGGAGGGCGACGAGUGCCCGUUCCUACACAGGACCACAGGGGACACUGAGCGCAGAUACCAUCUGCGCUACUACAAGACUGGAAUCUGUAUCCACGAGACAGACUCAAAAGGCAACUGCACCAAAAACGGCCUGCACUGUGCUUUUGCCCACGGGCCCCAUGACCUCCGUUCCCCUGUCUACGACAUCAGAGAGCUCCAGGCCAUGGAGGCCUUGCAGAACGGCCAGACCACAGUAGAGGGCAGCAUAGAGGGCCAGACGGCUGGGGCUGCGAGCCAUGCCAUGAUAGAAAAAAUCCUCAGUGAGGAGCCACGGUGGCAAGAGACUGCUUAUGUGCUGGGGAACUAUAAGACGGAGCCGUGCAAGAAGCCCCCGAGGUUGUGCCGCCAGGGUUAUGCCUGUCCCUACUACCACAACAGCAAGGACCGGCGGCGGAGCCCCCGGAAACACAAAUACAGGUCAUCUCCGUGUCCGAACGUAAAGCAUGGGGAUGAGUGGGGAGACCCUGGCAAGUGCGAGAGCGGCGACGCCUGCCAGUAUUGCCAUAGCCGUACGGAGCAGCAGUUCCACCCGGAGAUCUAUAAAUCCACCAAGUGCAACGACAUGCAGCAGUCGGGCAGCUGUCCCCGAGGACCUUUCUGCGCCUUCGCCCACGUAGAACAGCCACCCCUCAGUGACGAUCUACAACCUUCUUCAGCUGUGUCGAGCCCCACUCAGCCGGGUCCCGUCUUGUACAUGCCAUCUGCUGCCGGAGACUCGGUGCCUGUGAGCCCCUCCAGCCCACAUGCCCCUGACCUCAGCGCUCUCCUCUGUAGAAACAGCAAUCUAGGAAGCCCAUCUAAUCUCUGUGGCUCCCCCCCGGGCUCCAUCAGGAAGCCCCCGAACCUGGAAGGCAUUGUCUUCCCUGGGGAGUCUGGCCUCGCCCCUGGCAGCUAUAAGAAGGCUCCUGGCUUUGAGAGGGAAGACCAGGUGGGAGCUGAGUACCUGAAAAAUUUUAAAUGCCAGGCCAAGUUAAAACCCCACUCACUAGAGCCCAGGAGUCAAGAGCAGCCUCUGCUUCAGCCCAAACAGGACAUGCUGGGCAUCCUUCCCGUGGGCAGCCCCCUGACCUCAAGCAUCUCUUCUAGUAUCACCUCCAGCCUGGCAGCUACUCCCCCUAGCCCUGCAGGCACCAGCAGCGUCCCUGGCAUGAAUGCAAAUGCUCUGCCCUUCUAUCCCACCAGCGACACGGUAGAGUCAGUCAUAGAGUCUGCCUUGGAUGACCUGGACCUGAACGAGUUUGGGGUGGCCGCCCUAGAGAAGACUUUCGAUAACAGCACGGUGCCCCACCCAGGCAGCAUCACAAUUGGCGGCAGUUUGCUGCAGAGUUCUGCACCCGUGAACAUCCCUGGCUCCUUGGGCAGUUCUGCUUCCUUCCACUCAGCAUCCCCGUCCCCUCCUGUCAGCCUCUCCUCACAUUUCCUGCAGCAGCCCCAGGGCCACCUGAGCCAGUCAGAAAACACAUUUUUGGGGACCUCAGCAUCACAUGGAUCUUUGGGUCUGAACGGGAUGAACAGCAGCAUCUGGGAGCAUUUUGCCUCUGGUAGCUUCUCCCCAGGCACUUCCCCUGCCUUCCUGUCAGGGCCAGGGGCCGCUGAGCUGGCCCGGCUGCGGCAAGAGCUUGAAGAAGCCAACGGCACCAUCAAGCAGUGGGAGGAGUCCUGGAAGCAGGCUAAGCAGGCUUGUGAUGCCUGGAAGAAGGAGGCAGAGGAGGCCGGUGAGCGGGCCAGUGCAGCGGGUGCUGAGUGCGAACUGGCCCGGGAGCAGCGGGAUGCACUGGAGGGGCAGGUUAAGAAGCUACAGGAAGAACUGGAGCGGCUGCACUCGGGCCCCGACCUGCAGGCCCUGCCCACCUUCUCCGACCUGGAGGCCCUCUCGCUCUCCACCCUCUACUCCCUCCAGAAGCAGCUGCGGGCCCACCUGGAACAAGUGGACAAGGCCGUGUUCCACAUGCAGUCGGUGAAAUGCCUUAAGUGUCAGGAGCAGAACCGAGCGGUGCUGCCAUGCCAACAUGCCGUGCUGUGUGAGCUCUGUGCCGAGGGCAGCGAGUGCCCCGUCUGCCAGCCCAGCCGGGCCCACACCCUCCAGUCGUGACCCUGCAGGCCUGGCCCCGGCCCGGCUCAGAUCUUCUUUCCUAGGACUUUUUAAAGUAUAUAUAUAUGUAUGUAUGUAUGUAUGUAUGUAUGUAUGUAUGUAUAUGUAUAUGAUUCUGUAUAUGUAUACAUUUCUGUGCGUGUGCAGGUGUGUGUGGGCAGCAGUGUGUGAACAGUGUCUGUGUGUAUAUCUGUACAUAGAUAUAGACACACACUUUAAAACAGACUUACCAAGCACUUUUUAAAAGAAAAAACUAUUUUGCAGCCCUCCCCUUGCCCACUCUGUCCUUUUCCACUGCAGAGACAAAGUCCCCUCAUUGCCCACCGGCCUUUUGGCAGGGGAUAGGUUUCUCUUUUUAAUGUAGGAGAACUAACUAGUUUUAACUUCUUCCUGGGGCCCGAGCAGGAAGCUGGAAGGGGCCAAGGGGAGGGACCAAGCCUUCAGGGCAGGCCCUGUUCACUGCACCUCCCCAGGCCAGGGCCAGAGCCAGGGGUGUGGACAUCUGGGGGACAGACCUGGUUCCCAGCCAUGAGGCUUGAGGGGGGGGGGUGUGCUGGGGGUCUCAGCCAGCCUAGCUCCUAGGUUUUACCAAAUGUGUAUCUAGUCUGGGGCUGGCAGGCUAAAGCUGCAGGGGCCAGCCCCGCUCCCAACCCUGGGCCCUUGAAGCUCCUUGAGGGGCAAGGCCUGGGAGUUCUACCCCUCAGGUUCCUGAGGCCAGGGGUCCACCUCAGUCCUCUCCCUCCGGGCCCCCAGAGCAGCCUCCCUGGCCCCAGGACCACCUACCAGACUUGGCACUGCCCUCUUCAUAACCCCCCAGCUGCUGUCAGCUUCCUCCCUCUCCCCCCUGCCCCCCUCUGGCAGCUAGCAGGGCAAUUGGUGGGGAGGAGCUGCGGACUGGGGACCAAGGUGGGGCUUAGGCCCUGCCCUCCUCACCGGGAGGGGCUCCGUAUGCAUUCCUUGGUGCUCUCUGAGUGCAGCUGACGUCCUGCCCGUUUGGAGCGGACGCGUGUGUACAUGUGUGUGCGUGCCUGUCCAAUGUAUAUUGUGUCUUAGCUUCCAUUUUAAAAAUUGUUCUGUACAGAAAGAUGCAGUGGGGGCGGGAGGGCAGAGCGGGUGGAGGGAAGCCAUCCUGCUCCCAGCGCUGGGGGUCUGGGGUGGGAGCAAGAGGGCUGUGAAGGGUCUGGCCUGGCCCAGGCUCCCCCUUGGGCUCAGCACGAAAGGGCUUUCAAUGAAUUAAGUGAAAACUUUUUUUUACAAAAAUGCAAAAAUCAACAAAGCUCCAAACCUAUUGGAAAUAAAAUAUGAACUUACAA